GAAAAAGUCACACAGACUUUCCAUUGCCCCAAACACACAGGAUCUACACUGGUUGUACCUCUCUCACAUCCACUUGGGGGAACUUUCCCUGCCCAACAUAUUCCUUACCUACAUUUCCCUUUCCUACAAAUCCCUUUGCUACAAAUCCCUACUGGAAGCGCCUGGCUUGGUUGGACAUCACUUACUGGGAUUCCUCUGCACUGAAACCUUCUAUGGGACCAUCGGGGAUUCUCGCACAGAACAGAAAUCACUGAGAAUUCUCUGACUCUUCUAAAAUUCCCUUUUUGGAACCUCACCGGCUGCUGCUCAUUUACCGGGGCCUCCUGGGUUGGCUGCUGCUGCCCCGGACUCACUGAUUGAGGGAUAUUUACUUCUCAUUGGCUUCAACGGGACUUGGGAAUCUGUCCCCUGGGACGCACGGAGUCUCGCCCGGCACACGCCUCAUGCUGGACUGAGGGGAUCCGCUUACAGCGCACUCUCUCCAGGUCUCCCGGGCAGGGAGCAGAACCCCGCAGUACCUGGGACCUCACAUUGAUACGUGCGGCUCAUGCUUGCACUCAGCUGGACUCAUGGGGAUGUCCUUAGUGUGGCGUUCAGGGAAAGCAGGAGGAGGCGGCCACACUGACAGGAUGCUGCUACUUGUGAUAUUUGCAUUUCUUUUGGUCAGCCGAACGCUAGCCCGGCCGUCUUACAGCAUGGUGGAGGAUGCGACUCCUGAACCCGAAGAACUUCCAGCCAAAUACCAAAUCUCCAAAGCUGAUGUCUUUCCCGUUCUGCCUGGUGAGCCACUUGAUCUCCGCUGCCCACUGGCCGAUGGCCCCCCUGUGACUUGGACUAAAGAUGGGGCAAAGUUAGAGGCCAACAAUAGGACGUUGAUUGUCAGGAACUACUUGCAGAUUAAAGAGACUACCCCCAGGGACACAGGGCUCUAUGCCUGUUCCGUGUUAAAAAACUUCCAUUUCUUCCAUGUCAAUGUCACAGAAGCCAGUUCUUCAGGGGAUGAUGAAGAUGAUAACGACGGUUCUGAAGACUUCACCAAUGACAAUAAUAAUAUAAGAGCUCCAUACUGGACUAACACAGAGAAGUUGGAGAAGAAGCUUCAUGCUGUUCCCGCAGCCAAUACAGUGAAAUUACGCUGCCCGGCAGGAGGGAACCCCACCCCUCGAAUGAGGUGGUUAAAGAAUGGAAAGGAGUUCAAACAGGAGCAUCGGAUAGGCGGAUACAAGGUUCGUAACCAGCACUGGAGCCUGAUCAUGGAAAGUGUUGUCCCAUCAGACAAGGGCAUCUACACGUGUAUUGUGGAAAAUGAACAUGGCUCCAUUAACCAUACUUACCACUUGGAUGUCAUUGAACGAUCCUCGCACAGACCCAUACUGCAGGCUGGACUUCCAGCAAACACAACCUCCGUGGUGGGAGGAGACGCAGAAUUUGUCUGCAAGGUGUACAGUGAUGCCCAGCCCCACAUCCGCUGGGUGCGAUACAUCGAGAAGAAUGGAAGCCGAUAUGGCGUUGAUGGUUUACCCUAUUUUAAGGUGUUAAAGCACUCGGGAAUUAACAGUUCCAGCGCGGAAGUGCUAAAACUGUACAAUGUGACCGAAGCGGACGCAGGGGAAUAUAUAUGUACGGUCUCCAAUUAUAUAGGAGAGGCCAACAAGUCUGCCUGGCUCACGGUGGAACGUGAAAAAGCUCCCGUGAAUGCACCAGAAGACAACCCCGUCCCCUAUUACAUGGAGAUUGGUAUAUACUCCUCUGGUAUCUUUAUAAUCGCCUGCAUGGUGAUGAUCUGUGUGAUGUGCCGCAUGCGCCAAGGAGCCAAGAAGAAAAAGAACUUCACCGGGCCGCCGGUGCACAAACUCACCAAACGAAUACCGCUCCACCGCCAGGUAACAGUUUCUGCCGAUUCCAGCUCAUCAAUGAACUCUACGACUCCACUUGUGAGGAUCACAACACGACUCCUGUCCAGUACUGACGCCAUGCCCUUACCGAAUGUGUCUGAAUAUGAGCUACCACAUGACCCCUUAUGGGAGUUCUCAAGAGACAAGAUGACGCUGGGCAAACCACUCGGUGAGGGUUGCUUUGGGCAAGUGGUCAUGGCUGAGGCACUUGGGAUUGAUAAAGAACGUCCCAAGGAGUCUGUGACAGUGGCGGUGAAGAUGCUGAAAGAUGAUGCUACAGAGAAAGACCUAGCAGAUCUGGUCUCAGAGAUGGAGAUGAUGAAAAUGAUUGGAAAGCAUAAAAACAUCAUUAACUUGCUAGGAGCCUGCACACAGGGAGGCACACUGUAUGUCAUUGUUGAAUAUGCUGCUAAAGGAAACCUGCGUCAGUACCUCAGGGCCCGUCGCCCUCUUGAGAUGGAGUACUCAUUCGAUGUUACUAGGGUUCCUGAUGAGCAGAUGACUUUUAAAGACUUGGUCUCAUGCACUUAUCAAAUAGCAAGAGGCAUGGAAUACCUGGCUUCCCAGAAGUGUAUACAUCGGGAUUUGGCAGCCAGGAACGUACUGGUAACUGAAAACAAUGUUAUGAAGAUUGCAGAUUUUGGUCUGGCGCGAGACGUCAAUAACAUUGAUUAUUAUAAAAAGACAACAAACGGCCGACUUCCUGUGAAAUGGAUGGCACCGGAAGCGUUAUUCGACAGGGUUUACACUCAUCAGAGUGAUGUGUGGUCGUUUGGUGUGUUAAUGUGGGAGAUAUUUACCCUGGGGGGAUCUCCGUACCCUGGAAUUCCUGUAGAGGAACUAUUUAAGCUGCUGAAAGAGGGACACCGGAUGGAUAAACCAGCAAACUGCACCAAUGAACUGUACAUGAUGAUGAGGGAUUGCUGGCACGCCAUCCCCUCUCACAGACCCACCUUUAAGCAACUGGUGGAAGAUCUGGAUCGAAUUCUCACACUCACAACCAAUGAGGAAUACCUCGACUUAAGUGCUCCCCUGGAUUCUCCCAGCUUCCCUGAUUCCUCCUGCUCCGCGUCCUCCUCCUCCGGUGAUGAUUCAGUGUUUUCUCCCGACCCCACGCCUCAUGACCCCUGCCUUCCCAAGUUCCAACACGUUAACGGGGUUGUAAAGACAUGAAGCCUAUUGCGUUCUGCAGCUACCCUAUUAAGACUGCAUGUCUCAUGGACAGAUUCUGCAGAACGCAGAGGAAUGCGGACAUUCCAGUUGAAGACGUGACGCUAACGGAAAAAAACAGCGUUCUGCAAAUUCCGUUGUAUUCACAUUUCCCGAAGGGGGUGCAUCAAAUGGCGGUACAACAGCGCUGUUGGCGUAGCAAAGCACGGAGACAGUAUGGAGGAUUGCGACAAGCCGGGAUUUUAACCUGUAACUACUUCAGGUGUUCACCGAUACAUUCUUCUUCUCACCGGGAUCAGUCACUUGGACUCAAGGCAAAACACUUCUUGUUGCCUUUCUUGUUAAUUUUGUAAUAUUUUGAGAAAAUAUAUUCCAGCACCUCUAAACCCUUCACCAGAGCACAUACACAGCAUUGUUGCUGCUGGAUAUAAAUGUAAAUAUAUUCCAAAUAUGUAUAAAUAUAUAUUAUAUAUUUACAAUUAAUUAUUUUUUGUAUUGAUUCUAAAA